UGAGCAGCUGUAAACACUAUUGUAACUAUGGCACCAGUGGCGUCGAUAAUGAAAGUUUGGAAGAACUAGUUGAUCGACCAGAAACACCUUCACAAGCACGACUUGAGCAGGAUGUUUCACAGUGGCAAACCUGCCUAUGAAAUGUUGGAGUGUGAUCCAGACUGGGCGCCUUCUCUGUACCUCGGCCAUACUGAGGUCAAAGCUACGAACACAGACCGGUUCAAGCGAUUUAGGAGAAGAGUGACGAGGUCACAACAACAGCAAUCCCCAUCGCUAGGCACCGACAACACUGGUCCAGAGGCUUAUUUGGAUAAUGCAGCACCUUUAUACCCAGACAACACUACGCCUGCAACUGAGAUGGAAGGUCCCGUGAAUCCACCCCCAUCGCCGGGCACUGUCCACACCAGUCAUGAGACUGAGUUGAAUGAAGCAGCACAUUUGUUCCUAGACUACUCUGCACCCGUGGCUGAGAUGGAAGGACAAGAGACUCAGCCCCUGCCCCUGCCACCAACCCCAGACAAUGCAGGGAUAGAGGAAGAUAUGGAAACUGAAACAUCAGGGGAUGAUGGUGCUCCAGUGGGGAAUGCAGAUGAACAGCAGAAGUGCACCAUGUGUGGCCUCAGACUCAAAGAAAUAAUCCGCUUGCAGGAGGACAAUCGAAAACUGAAGGGAGAGCUCUCCAAAAAGGCCCUUGAUGAGAUUUUUCUCAAAGACAAUGAUUCAAAGGUGAAGUAUUACACUGGCCUUCCAUCUUUCAGUCUAUUGAUGGGUGUGCUGAUACAAAUCAUUCCCAGUCUACCAAAAACAAAAGAAAGAAAACUCUCCCAUUUUCAAAUGCUCCUCCUGACCCUUAUGCGCUUAAGACUUGAUCUGCCUGUUGAACAUCUUGCACACCUCUUUGACAUUAGCCGACAAACCGCAUCCAAUCUGUUCAUUGAGACCAUCAAUGUACUGCAUGCACACCUCAGCCCUUUUGUGUACUGGCCAAAGCGACAUUGUAUACAGGCAUGCCACAUCAGUAUGUAGAGAUGUUUGGUAAUCGUGUUACUGUUAUUAUUGACUGCUUUGAGCUUUUCAUAGAAAGGGCACAAAAUCUACGUGCAAAGGCACAGACAUAUUCAAACUA